AGGUUAUAGCACCAUGUUGUCUGAUAGAAAUUUACCUACGUUUCUAUGCUUGAAUUUAUUCGAUAGUUCACAAUAAUCGAAAUAUUCGAUAGUUUUCAUUCGAUUAUGUCCAUAUUCUAUGAAAAUAUUUUACGUGUUGAAGGUGCUUGUAUCGUGAUAUAAUGGAAGGAGCUGGUAAUGGUUCUUUUUUCUACAGGUGCCGACUUUGCAUAUCAGAAGGUAGACUAAGUUUGAAUUUAUUUGAAACAGAAGCCAUACGACUGAAUCUAAUCAAUAAAAUCCGGACUUACCUUACGAUACAUGUCUCCUUGCAUGAUGGGUUGCCACAGCAGCUCUGUUAUGAGUGCCUCUCCCAAAUUGAGCUAUUUCACAGUUACAAACAGUCUUGUCUGGAGUCACAGUAUACACUAAAGCACUGGAAUUUGUUUUGUGAUGGAGGUGAAUUGAAGGAGGAUAAUGUUUUGAAUGUUAAUGUUACAUCAAAUGUUUUGGAAGAUGAUGAUGAUAACAGGCAGGCAACGGAAGCUGUUAGACAGUCCUCUUUUUCAGGGGAUCAGUUGCCAGAGCAAAAGGGUUACAUGAAUUCUCCCAAAAGUAGAUACAGCAAGUGUUGUAAAAGAUCACCCAAGACAUCAGAACAUUUUGAAAUGGAAGGAAAUUCUGUUGGAGACAGUGAAUUUGUCUGUGAGAUGAUUGACUUAAUUCAGAACCCUAGGAAGGCUUACAGUGGUCCAUUAACAUUUCCUGAUUCAACAUUUAAGCAGUCUGAAGUGGCAGGAGAUUCCAUUGAAGGGAAUGGAGUAGAGUGUGAGUUGGGUGAGAUAUCAGAACUGAAGGACAAGUUUUCUUGUACUGUUGCUAAAUGUGAGCCAUCAGAGGUGGGCUUAAAUGGAUGGAAUGAAAGUCCUCUUUCUGUGCUUUGCAUUAGCAAAGAAGUUCCCAGACAAAACUGCGCUGUUCUCUCACGACACAAUGUAGAAACUUCUGCGAAAGAUCAGAGGACGGAACUGAAUGCUCCUGUAAAUCACUUUGGACUGAAUGUGCCCACAGAAGGAUCUUCCCACACGUGUAUGUUAAUCCAGACCCCUCUGAAGGCUGCCGCUGAUACGGUAUUAACAUUUCCCGAUUCAACACCAAAAGAAUUUGAAGGCGAAGAAAUUUCAGUUGUAGGGAGUGAAAUUCAAUCAGAGGCUGUUGAGACAUCAGCAAGAGAUACAGAGGUCAGUUUUUUCUCCACUGCCGUAAAGCAUGAAAGAAGAAGGGUAAGGCCAAAGAGAAGAAAUAUUUGUUCCCUGUAUGUGCCAUGUAAUAGCAAAGAAGUUUCUAGUAACACUCCACUACGUGAACAGAAUUCGGAAACAUCUGCAUUGCACAGGAAGGUGCGUGCAGGUGUUACUGGAAUGAAUGUACCCACAAGAAGACCGUCCAUCAUGUCACCAGUAAUUUGUGACAUUCGUUCUCUAGCAUCAAUUCCGGACUCUGUGGCGGAGGAGUGCGGCACUGAUCAUUGCUGCUCUCAUAACAUUGAAGACUCGGAAAAAACAACUUGGCUGACAGAACAAGAGAGAAAAGUCACAGCAUCUGAAAAUGUAGCAAUUAAUUCUCAGAAGCAAAAUGAAUCUAUUCAUAUUAGUCUGAAUUCAGAUCACGAACGUCAUAAAUAUCAGUCAGUACAGGUUCUUUUAAAAGUCUUGGAGCCUGGUGAAGACAGUAAUUCAUUUGAAUCAGACAUUGAGAAUACUCGAGUUAGAAAAAUGUUGACUCGUAAUAUGUGUAGACCAGCAAAGCCGGGUCGAAGAGGCGAGAGGAGAAACAACAGUACAGAAUAUGUCAUUAAGGAUCCACUGACUGCCUAUGUUAAAGUAGAGAGACUGGCAGAAAAUAAGAAGGGCACUGCAGUGGAUGUGCAGAGUAAAAUUAAAAAUUCCACAGCUGUUUCAACGCAGGCCAAAAAGCCUCGGAGACCUUACAGCCAGAAACAGAAAAGUCAGUCCAGUCAGUACAGGUUGGUGAAGCCUGUCUCGGAUGAGGCGACAGGAAAAUUGCGCUAUAAGUGCCUAAAAUGCAGCAGCUUGUUGUCAUACAAACAUUGUAUCAAGGAACAUAUGAAGAUUCACACAGGUGACAAGUCUUCUGUGUGUGCCGUGUGUAACCUGGCCUUCCGCAACAACUACAUGCUCAAGAGUCAUAUGGUCGUUCAUCUCGCUGAGAAGAACUUCGAGUGUGAGGUGUGUAAGCACCGAUUUUUGGGGGGAGAGCGCCGUAAACAACACAUGAGACUGCACACAGUGACUCCAUUUGUCUGUCAAGUAUGUGGGUACUCCUGCAACCUGAAAGAUUCUCUCAAACACCACAUGCGAAUCCACACAGGAGAGCGCCCCUACAAGUGUGACCUCUGUGAUGCAGCAUUUUCUGUUCGCACGACUUGGAUCAACCACAGGAGAAUUCACACUGGCGAAAGGCCUUUCAAGUGCAAGGAAUGUAAUAAAACAUUUUCGAGGCAUUCGACUCUUCAUGCCCACAAGAGAACUCAUUCAGACGUGCGUGUCUUUGGCUGUCAUCUCUGUGUGAGCAGAUUCAAAGCAAAGGCUCAUUUAUUGAGACAUCUCUCCUGCGUCCACAAAGAUCUCAUGAAGAAGGAGCAGCGUCUUGAGUAGACAACCAGCCGUGUUGGUCCAGACGACACUGAACAUCACCAUCAUAUCCGAGAGGCCCGUGGUUCAAAUCUCGGGAAGGGGAGUUUUUGUAUAAUUUUCAUCAGUUCACCAGGCAAGUAUCAGAAUAAUACAUCAAAAUAGGCCACGUCCACUUCUACAUGCUACCCAACUGCUAUUUAUCAUUCACACGACAACCUGAAGUUAUCGAAGGUUUGUGCGCAUUGGGUGCCACGUGCUCUGAAUCAACAACAAAAGGAUAAGAGGGUUCAGAU